UCCCAUAAUGCACCGCCAGCGUGCUCCGCUCCGGAACGACCCGGUAGUUCAGUACACGUUCUUAUUAUGUACCACAUGCGAUUCACACGUAGCGUUAAAGAUGGAGCAGCCUAACACAAACCUUAUGAAUGGCGAGGAGGAACAGUUCAAUACCUUCCUGUCUUUGCACUCCGCUGCGCUACAGUCCUCAAGAAUCCCUCGGCUGUAUUGGAAGAGCUUGUACUACAAGCUUAUCAACGAGGUGUACGAUGCAGGAGAAGUGUUUGGCGUCAUGCAGGUAGAACAGGACGAUGAAGAUGAAGAGGGAAAGAAGGCUUAUCCUAGUGUAGAGAUUACGUGUAAAGUGAUUGUGACCAGGGGGACUGGCAUGCAAGCCUCAGACCCCACCAGUAUCUUCCUGGUUGACCAUGCAUGGACGUACCGCGUGGAGAGCUCUAGGCAGCAGCUGGAGCAGAUCCCCGGCCUCCUGCCCAGGAUGGCUUCCCUCAUGGGGGUGGACUUCCACGGAGAGGCCCCUGAUCCAGACGUUGUGGAGCUGGUGCUGGAACAAAUGUGGAAGUACAACCAGACCUACCAGCUGGCCCAGGGGUCAGCAGAGGAAAAAGUGCCUGUCUGGUACAUCAUGGAUGAGUUUGGCUCCCAGGUGCAGCACUCUGACCAGCCUAGCUGUUGCAUGGCUCCCUUCUUCUACACACAGGGCCAACUGGCCUACACUGUGCUCUGGCCUCUCGCAGACCUGCAGGAGGGAGAGGAAGUGACACGUGACUAUGCUUAUGGCGAGAGCAACCCUCUGGUGAGGAGAUGUCGAUUGUUGCCAUGGAUACCAGCUGACCUGGAAGGGGUCAGCACUCUGACCCCUGAACCCUCUGAUCUCUACUAUGAGACCAUUUCCCAGGAGAACAAGGAGAUUCUUCCUCUGGACAUUCGGCCCCAUACUGUCCCCAAAGACAAAGUGCUCAAGGUGUUCACAGAGAUGGAACAAGUUCUAAACAAUCUCCAUCACCCACGGUUCACGUUCACAGAGACUGAAGAGGAGGCCGAUAUUCUUUGGACCUUCUCCCACAUCAGAGACUACAGGAAGUUAAGCGAGGAGCGUCCUCACGUUAUGACCAAUCAGUUUCCCUGUGAGACGGUUGUCACAGUGAAGGACUGCCUCUCCGCCGUGUCGCGGAGGGCCCGGGGAGGCCAGGGGGCCGAGUGGCUGCCAGAGACAUUCAACCUGCAGACAGAACUGCCUCAGUUUGUCAGACAUUACCAACAAAGACAAGAGAGGGGAGAAGACAAUCAUUGGAUCUGUAAGCCUUGGAACCUGGCCCGGGGGCUGGACACACACAUCACCAACAACCUAGACUACAUCAUCAGACAGAGAGAGAGCACGCCCAAGGUGGUGUGUAAGUACCUGGAGGAUCCGGUGCUGUUUGAGAGGGAGGAGGUGGGGAUGGUGAAGUUUGACAUUCGCUACAUGCUGCUGCUGCGCUCAGUUCAGCCUCUACGCCUCUACUCCUACAACGUGUUCUGGCUGCGCUUCGCCAACAGGCCUUUCUCUAUGGACCACUUUGAUGACUACCAGAAGCACUUCACUGUCAUGAACUAUGCAGAGGGGGUCCAGCUCAAACAGGUUCACUACGACGAAUUCAUACCCAUGUUUGAAAAGCAGUAUCGUCAGUAUCCAUGGAAAGAGGUUGAGAGAGAGGCGUUCAAGGCAUUUGCAGAGCUCUUCCAGGCAGCCUCGUCUAGGCCGGCCCCCUACGGUUUCUGUGCGUACCCCUCCUCCCGGGCCAUCUACGCUGUAGACCUUAUGCUCAAGUGGGGCACUGGGGACAGAGGUGAACGCGUGAUGAAGCCUCAGAUCCUGGAGGUAAACUUCAGUCCAGACUGCGCCAGGGCCUGCCUCCAUCACCCUGGUUUCUACGACCACAUGUUCCAAACACUCUUCCUGGAUGAGGCUGAUCAGUGCCCUGUCACUCAGGUCUCAUGAUGACCUCUAACCCCUGGCCUUGAACCCAUAUUACACAGUUGAAAGGUCCAUUUGGACAAUUUGUAUUUAUUAUUUCUAGUAGGAAUUGAUGAGUAAUGGUCAAGAACAGAUGUGCCAAAUACAUUUUGCCCCGUGGGCUGCAUUCGAUCCCUACUGAGGUCCAGAGGAUCGCACUUCAAAUGUAUUUUAUUACCUCUUCAUCAAAAAUAGCAAAGAAGUUGUUUUUAAAUCACUUUUGGAGUUUUCAAUGCUCCCUGACUGUCUAGAUUUUAUUUCGAUGACUUAUCAAACUGGAGAGUGAAGAGACUAAAUGUAGGUUCAUUAUCAUUUCCACACAGUUUGGAUUUGGCUUCAGUCAUAUUUAAAUGUCAAAUGAGUUUCUCUCUGAAUGUUUUAAUUUUAUUUAUUUUUACCAUUAUUCAAAUCUCUCGCGGGAUGUAUUGAAGGGGCUCGCAGGCCGGAUAAUCUCUCACGCUUAAGCCCUUCACUCCUACAUAUCUGUAUCCCGUAACAGGGAGAGUGUGAAGAGCAUUGCACUGUUCUGCUCUGUAGUUUCUCUCUAGAUCCUCCAACUUCCAAGGAACACUGGUUUAUUUUGUAAAUGUUCUGAUCGGUAUCAAACCUCAUGUAAAUGUAUAACUAGUCAUUUGUGUGAAGAGGCGUUCAUAAUCAUACCCCAAUCAUAAGUAUGGUGAUUGAUGGGUUACAGUGUUGUAGAAAAAUCAGCUCCUUUAGUUAAAAACUGUUAAGCAUUCACCCAGGGUUUAUUCAAUAGUGACCUGCGCAGGGGAGACCUUUUCUGGACAGACACAUCCAUUUUAGCUUAUAUAGGCAAGGAACAUCGGGUUUAAAUCAGUAUUCUCUUUUCUGCUGGGUUUUCUUGGCAAACUUAACUAUUAUAUACUGCCACGUUUCAUACUACCUAUUCUCAAAUGCAGAUUGGUUCUAGUUCAACCUGGAUAACAUCUUUAAAGCACACAGUGCAGUUGUCUAACAUUGUCAUUAAGCUUAACGGUUUUCUUCUGUGACCAUUUCUCAUUCUAUGAUAACUUUGACAAUGUUCUCCGGACUCGACAUGUUUUCGGCAAUGAAUGGAAUUUCACCAUUGAAUAUGCUUUCUAAAUAGCAGCAGAUCUAUAGUAAUUUCUUCCAUGUCACUAAUCAUUAGUUCAGUAAUAAAUCAUAACGAAACAACUGGUUUUUUUUUUUUAGCUUGAUCAACGGUCAAUUUAUAGCAGGAAUAAAAAAAACAAUUAUAUCAAAAACCUAAAACCGCAGAUAAAUUAUAACGUAUUUCUGUAGAUUAAUUUGUCUUGUAAUAUUGGUUUGAUGUUUUUUUGUCAUUUGCUUCAUUAAAAUAGAGAGAACUGACAAUCAGUUGAAUGAGAAGAAAACUCUGGGGGCGUGGAACUUGAAUCUACUGGUUCCAGCCAAGCGCGCUCCCACAGAUACAUUUGAAGAAGUUCUAACAGAAGAGAGGAGUGUUUUUUACAGUAAUGCACUAGAACGUUGGAUGCUGAUAAACCACACAGAAGAAGAGUGCGAGUUGUUGAUUGCUAGAUCUCGGUUGGGUAUAUCCAUGUUUACCGCUGAUCUGCUGCAUGUGAAAGAGGAGCGGCGCAGGCUUUCUUUCAAUGUGCUGGGACAGAUAGAGGUGACACAACAUGGAUAACGCCUGUGAAAAUGCCAGAUCAAGAGAAUGGAGCUAUGGUGAUGGAUACAGCCGCCAUAGUAUGGCUCAGUGGGGAAGUGCUCCCCCUGCUGGUGAAAGACAGUACCUCACCGAACAGGAAAGGGAACGCCAGUGGCUGAACCAUGCGAAAGAAGCUGCCAUACGGGCCCACUACAACUCCCAUAGACAAAACUCUCCAAUGGACUUCCGUGGACAUGGGCCACAAGAGACCCAGCCGCCGCCUCUGUAUCAUCAGGACCAUCACAGAAUGGCUCAGAGUCAGAACAUAAGGGAUUGGUCAAAUCUCUAUGGACCCUUGAGAGGCCAGGCAACCCCUAAUGUAACCUUACACCACAGUGGAGAGAGAACAGAAACAUGGGCUAAGCAUGAACCCCACUUCCCAAGCUAUGAGUUUUUUCCCCCGCUCAUUGUAGAAAGAGGGCAUGAGGAUAUAACCCAUCACCAUAAAGCUGACCGGGAUUAUAUGGUUGGUCGGAUAGUGAAUCAUAACAAUCUCCAUUACUUGGAAAGCAAAUGGCAGAUGUUAGAUCCCACCCAUUUCAAUGGACAUGCUAGAGGACAUUUUAAUGAACAUUCAAGGGGACAUUCUAAUUCCUAUUCCUGGGUUCAUUCUACUGAAUGCUCAAAGGGAUGUUCUAGGGGUGGCUCUAGUGCACGUUCUAGGGGUGGCUCUAGUGCACGUUCUAGGGGUGGCUCUAGUGCACGUUCUAGGGGUGGCUCUAGUGCACGUUCUAGGGGUGGCUCUAGUGCACGUUCUAGGGGUGGCUCUAGUGCACGUUCCAGGGGUGGCUCUAGUGCACGUUCCAGGGGUGGCUCUAGUGCACGUUCCAGGGGUGGCUCUAGUGGACGUUCCAGGGGUGGCUCUAGUGCACGUUCCAGGGGUGGCUCUAGUGGACGUUCCAGGGGUGGCUCUAGUGGACGUUCCAGGGGUGGCUCUAGUGGACGUUCCAGGGGUGGCUCUAGUGGACGUUCCAGGGGUGGCUCUAGUGGACGUUCUAGGGGUGGCUCUAGUGGACGUUCUAGGGUCCAUUCCAGCAGGUCUCCCAGGCUGGACUUCCAGGCUAAGCAUGUCAACCCUUUUCAAACUACGACCAACAGUUCUCCAGACAUUCAGAAUGCCAACAUCACUCCAACUGUUCCUAUGGUCAGCAACGAACACAGUGAAAUAACAUCAGGACGUACAACAGGUCCUGCGAGAGAUUCACAAUCACUUGUGCAGACCUUUACUAUGACUGCACAGCAGUGUGUUUUUACGGAUUUCCCUUCCACGGGAGGUACAGAAUCUGGUGUUGUUGACCUAAAAGCAGCCACGGUAACAAAUGCAGACAUCCAUGGUAUACUAGGACCUAGUGUUCCUUCCCAAGCCAUAACUCAACAAACAGAUCAUCUUCCUGGCAAUGCUGCUCUGGUUUCUCACACACAGACCUCUACCACCCCUGAACAGCAACAUGCUCCCUCUCCUUCUCUCACUGAGACACCUCAGGAAAAACCUCCUCAUAAACAUAAGAUCUCACUCAAGGAAAUACAGCACUGGCCCCAGAGUGUUUUAAGAUCUAAAAAUGGAUCUGUAAAUGGGAAUAACUCAACACAAGACCCCUCUCAGUCCCAACAAUCCAGCGCAGAGAAGAUGGAAGUUUUACAAGCAGGCAAAACACAACUACAUCUAAACACCAAAGACUACCAGGCGAGGCCCCCUGAGAGGUUUAGUGCUGAGGACUCCACUAUACGGCUGGAGAUUAAGUCCACCCCCAGGUACAUGACCCUGGCGUCAGUUGCCACCGCUCCUCCGCCCCCCGUGGCUAUCGUCUCUCCAAUGGGUCCACAGCAGUCCCCAGAGCCCAUGGAGACAGAGAAUGCAGGCAAUGAGCUGCCAUUUAAGAUUUUAGAGGCCUGGUCCAUCAGCGAAAAACAGUCGGAAAACCUGUGGGAAAGAGCUAAAGAUGAUGCAAGUUCUCUCUCUGUCCUAAAUGAGACGGUUCAAGUUGAGAGUCUUAUGGAGUAUGACAAGCCUAUAGAUGCAUCUGCAACAUGUUCAAUGGCAUCUACAGGAGAGGACAAUGAGGUCCUUCAGGUCAUCACACAGAUGGACAAGAGAUCACUUUCACCAUUUGUCCACACCAACACUCAGGCAACUGAUAUUGUGUGCAUCGGUGGUGCCCAGACAAUCGUGGAAGGUAGCUCUCAUGUUGCAGAUGAGAGAACUCUUGAUUUGUCCACAAUUGCUGAAGUUCAGUUCAAGUUAUGUGCGCUGCAGCAACUAACAAUCACAGAGGCAAAGGAUGGUUGUCUAGAGGCCAUAUUGGAGAGGUAUUGGGGAGGGGAUACCUCUAACCUGGUAGAAGCUUUAAAAGAUAAAAUGGAUGAGAAAAUCAUGCAGGAUGUGUCUGCCUGGGCAGAGAAGGCAGUGGUUCUCUUUGCAGUCAGUGGUAUAUCACUGGGGGAAGUGGUUGAGAAAUUUCCCAUUCCAGUACAUGUUGACACCUGUUCCCAAGUGGGUUACAGGUCAUCAUGGUUAAAUGUCAACGAGAAGCUGAAUGACAUUGACAAAGAUUCUGGAAGAGCUUGGUCUCUGUGGUUCAUACCAGAUAAAGCAGAGGAGAGUUCCAAAGUGGUUGGGGGUGUCCAGAUGGAUGACACCUUCCACAGCAAGAUGGAGACUGUGGAAUUGCCUGCACAACAACCUGUUGUAGAUGAAGCAACAGACUCAGACCCCCCAACAAACGCAGACUCCGAGACGGAAACCCUUUCCCCAAUGAUUUUGACCGUCCUCACACCAGAGGAUGCUGUGAAACUGCUUGCUGAAACAGAGGCACCAGACGUAGACCUCAAAAAGGUCAUAGACCUCACAACAGACUCGGACACAGAACCCCUUUCCCCAAUGAAUUUGACCAUCCUGACAUCUGAGGAUGCCAUGAGACUGUUUUGCCAGAUUGAAAAUGGCUCUGACAUCCAACUCGCGUCCCCUGAUCCAUGCUCUGAAAACAAAGAUAAGACACAGACAAACAAACUAGAGAAUAUAGAAAGUGGCAGCUUAGAUAAGUCCUGCUACUGUCCUUGUAUUAUUGAAACUGACAAUGGGUUUGAAAUGGGCCUAUGCUCCAGUUGUCAGAGAGAGAAAGGAUUGCAGCAAGGUACAAGAUGCAUAACAAUCGCUCACUGCUUUACCAUGUCAGAUACAAAUGAUCAGGAGACAGAGGUCCCUAAGGACUCUGGGGGGAAGGUGACUGUUGACAAUCAAUGCAGGGACAAGAAGCAGAUACAUUCAACUGAAGAAGAGGGUGAUGACAAUCAAUCCAGUGACAAUAAAACACAGGGCGAAAUGCAGCAAUGUACAGGCGUCAUACCGAUCAUUGACUUUUUUUUCUGGUCAGAUGCAAGUGAGGAUUCAGAUCAGGAGACAGAGGAGAGCUAUAAUGAACAACAUGCUCAGAUUGAGGCUCAUGCUUCUAGUGUUAAAAUGACAGAGCCUGAAACGGGUGCCAAAGCACCAUGUGAGUCAGCCCAAGAACGUACGACCCAAAGCAACGUCAGUCAUGGUUCUGAGAAUAGGGAAAGAUGGCAAAAGAAGGACCAAGACUGUAGGACGAGUACAUUACCACUUCCCAAGGUUGAAAACCCCUCUAAGGUAAGAGCUAACAUCAUAGAAGACAACUGGUGUUCACCUAUAGAGGACUGUGGUUCACCUGUAGAAAAGUAUGACAACGUUGCUGACUUUGUCACCCAAUACAAAACCUGCAAGUCAAAGAAAAAAGUACAACACAAAAUGAAAAAGGAGAAGACCCUCCAUCCAACGUCAUCUGACAGGCAAAAGCACAAGAAAAGCCAUGGGAAAGCAGAGAGGGGAAGGUCACCAUCCCAAACCGCUAAGUGCUCUGGGUUGAAGGCAACUGUGGAUAAUCAAUGCAGGGACAUGAUGCCACAUGCCUCACACAAGAGGAGACAUUCAACUGAGAGUGAUGAAAAUCGAUGUAAAGACAAGAAGAGGGGAUCAUCAACUGCGAAAGAGCGUGAGGGCUGUCAAUCCAUGGACAAGAAGCCACCGAAGAGUAGACAUUCCACUGAGAAAGAGAGAGAGGACAAUCAAAGUAGGGACAAGACGUCACAGAAGAGGAGAAAUUCAACUGAAACUGAAGGCAGGAACUCUGACUCCAAAGAGUUACAGUGUCAGUUGGUGGACAGAGAGAGGGGCAGUGGAAACUCACUCCUGUGCCCUGGGGUGAAAACCCUCCAUGUGCAGGGAUCCUCAACUACCACCGUUCCUCUCAAACUCUCCAUAAACAUCCCCAAAAAGCCUUCCAUAAACACCUCACCCUCAAAACAUACUGAAGUCCCCAGAAUGCCAAAGACUAAAGCCCAGAACAAAAUUAGCAGACACCGCCCCCUUGCAAAGUCGGUGUCUCCUGUUGUCAAAGAGAGGCAGAGGAAUGGCUGCCAACAAAAGCAGACAAUUCAAUGCUUAAAAAUCAGAUUGGAAAAGCUGUCCUUACCCAAAAAUCUUGUCAGGAAAUGUUCUCCACCAAGCCGGAAGAGGGAGGAAGGUUCUCCACAAAGCCAGAAGAGAGUGGAAGGUUCCCCACCAAGGCAGAAGAGGGUGGCAGAUAGAGGAGAGCCUGGGGGUUUAGGGAUAAUGGUCUCUAAGAAUCUUGACUUGUCCAAGAAACUAAAACGUAAGGCACAGAGCAACUUGAAAUCCCAACAGAAUUUGCCAAAGAUUCCGAAGGUGUUGAAUGGAAGUGAGAAAGGAAGGUUUUCAAAAAGUGAGUGUAAGAAUGACUCGCUGCCAAGGAUUCCGACGCUUCCGAGGACUCCAGAGGUUUCAAAGGAUUGGCAUGAGAGAGAGAACAAGAAAGAGACAUCUCCCAGUCCUUCACCUGAAUCACAAAUGCUGAACAAACCUGCAAGAGUGGCACACAAGCCCAAACCUUUUAUCAAGCCUGCCAGUCCCAAUGGUUACAGCCCAGGUAGUCAUGCUUGCCCUAAUCCGGCCAUGGUGUCACCGUCACAUGGCAACGUAGAUUUUGGGGCAAAAGUCUCUGCGAGGCAACAGGUGUUCUAUGAUUGGAAGAGUAGCUUUGUCCCGACACCAACCCCCCGGACUCGCAGGCGAUCAGGGUGUCCUCCAGAGGAAGUGGAAGGUCAACAGGCCAGUCCCAGGUCCAGCUCGGAGACCAAGAUCAUCCGAUCCAUUCUAAAACGUGUCGAUGCUCCGACGAAACCAAAGCGGAACAUCAGAUUUCCAUUGAAUCCAAGGAAGGUGCACUACUUCAAGCCCUGUGAAUAUGAAAAUGACAUGUUCAAUAGGUCCUACACGGAUCCUGAAGAUGCACAGUGUUCUGAAGACGAAGAUGCUCCUGUGAACUUCCAGAACACGAAGGAACAGCCCCCCGUUAGGAAAGAGAAGCGGCGAGACAUAGGGGAGCUGAAGCCUGGACCAAGUGGUUUUUGUGAAAAGCGCUUGAAAAGGAAGUGGCCUGCUGACAUUUUCAUGAAGAGUAUUCAUCAGGCAAAGCAUUGGACGAAGUCUCUCCAUUGUGAACCUCCGAAAGACUUCAGACACUCGGCAAAAAAAACUGGAGUUGGUUACAAGUGGUCAGAGAAGCAGAAGAGGCCAAAUGAAAUUGAAGGUUCCUCUCUGAAUGCAAGCCCCCUUCACAGUCACCAUCCAGGUUCCUCUCAGAAUGCAAGUCCCCGUCACGGUCACCAUCCAGGUUCUUCUCAGAAUGCAAGUCCCCGUCACGGUCACCAUCCAGGUUCUUCUCAGAAUGCAAGUCACGGUCACCAUCCAGGUUCCUCUCAGAAUGUAAGCCCCCCUCGUGGUCACCAUUCAUCCUCCAGCCAGGGGAGAAGAGUUGAGCCAACAGCCAGGCACCAUAGCGCUCCCAUGGAUGAAUGGAACAAGCGGUGGUCAGGAGAGACGUGAUUCGUAAGCAUAUCAGUCGGCCAUGACAGGACACACCAGACAGAACAGUAGUUGAUGGCAACCUGCAAAGACAAUACUUUUACCUCAAACCUGACAUCGUGCCUCUGCUGUUCUUUUAAAAAAAACUUGAAACCCUACAUAUUAGGCUACAUUAUGCAGUUUACUUUUCUACAUGUUUUCAUCUGUUUUUAAAUGAAUAAACGCCUGAUUUCUCUCCCUAAUAAUAGGUUUGGUUAGCUGUGGUUGAAGCAGUCAGAUGUUUGUAUUACAUCCUAUGUACAUGUGUUAUUGUUACUCUUGACACAUAAGGGUGUUUGGUUACCCGUAUUCCUAUAGUAUUGUUUGCCUACAUUGUUAGGGUACCGUCAUAGUGAUGGGAUUGGACAUUUUGUUUGUUUACAGUAUUUUUUUAAACUAUUUCUAUUGCAGCCACAACCAAAGCUUAAGGGAAGUAACCAGACAACUUUUUUUUAUAUAUAUGUUAUUUUUUGACACUGGUGGUAAAGUGGGUAAAUGUAUCAUGGAUAUCGACAUUAAAUGAUGUUUGAAAGCCAUUAUGUCGCUUUGUUUGAUGUGAUUUCUUGUACUGGUUUAUAGUUUUGUGGCCAUAGAUGUUGUUUUGUGGCCAUUUGCUAAUGUGUCGGGUAUUGAGGAAUGUACGUACUUUACAGGUCACGGGUUUUAUACCACGUCUUAAAUUUGUCAAUCCCAUGUUUUGUUUAUAAUAUCUGUCUGUUUUUGUAAGUUUUGAUGCUGUAUUGUUUUUUUUAUAUAUAUACACCUCUGUUCUGUAUUGUUAUGGCACUGAACUAAUAUAAAUAUGUUGUUGUUGUUA